CUAGUGAGCGCAGGCGCGAGUGGCAAUGGUCAGAGCCACACAAAACGUUGAAGGAGCACGCCAUGGAGCACGCUCACAGAUAUUUAUUACUGAAAUGGAAAUAGAUCACAGGUCGAGGAGACGGAUCCGGGAAUGUAAGAGAAAAGCUCGUCCAGAACUGGACGAGAAAGACGGUUGGAAUGCGAACAAUUAUAUCAAGACCUUUGACUUGUCGCAUGACAGUUUUAAGGACAAUGUGGAACGCAUUAAAUGCAACGAUGUCACAAAUGAAGAGUUCAUCGAAAAGUAUGAGAAGCCCUACAAGCCAGUAGUCAUCGUGGGCAUGCAAGCAGGAUGGAGUGCACAUGAGAAAUGGACCCCCGAGCGCCUGGCCAAGAAAUAUCGCAAUCAGAAGUUCAAAUGUGGAGAGGACAAUGAUGGAUACAGUGUGAAGAUGAAGAUGAAGUAUUUUGUCGACUACAUGAUGGACAAUGAUGAUGAUAGUCCCCUAUACAUCUUUGACAGCAAUUUUGGAGAGCAUCCUAAGAGGAAGAAGUUGCUGGAGGACUAUGAAGUUCCAAAGUACUUCAAAGAUGACCUAUUCAGGUAUGCAGGAGAAAGUCGUCGACCCCCUUACCGCUGGUUUGUGAUGGGGUCAGCUCGAAGUGGCACAGGAAUACAUAUUGAUCCUCUGGGAACUUCAGCAUGGAAUUCCUUGGUCAAGGGUCACAAGAGAUGGUGCCUCCUGCCAACACACACUCCUCGUGAUCUCAUUCGAGUAAGACCAGGUGAAGGGGGAAAGCAGAAAGAUGAAGCAAUCACCUGGUUUCAAUAUGUGUAUCCUAGAAUACACUCCACAGCUUGGCCCAAAGACUGCAAACCUUUGGAGAUCUUACAGAAGCCAGGAGAGACAGUAUUUGUGCCUGGGGGUUGGUGGCAUGUAGUAUUGAAUCUGGACAAUGCCAUUGCUGUAACGCAGAACUUCUGCUCCAUCACCAAUUUCCCCAUUGUCUGGCACAAAACUGUGAGGGGUCGACCUAAGCUUUCUCACAAGUGGUACUCUUCUCUCAAGGAGGAAAGGCCAGAAAUUGCCAAGAUUGCAAAUGCAGUGAAAUUGAAUGAACCAACUGGUGUGGCUUCUGACUCAUCCUCUGGUUCCAGUUCAUCUUCCUCCUCAUCUUCAUCCUCAUCUGACUUCAAUUCAGAUGUAGAAUCAUCUUCAUCCUCGAAGGGGAAGGUUUCCAAGCCCAAGAAAAAGAGGUAA